AUAUUCCCCAACCUGACCUUGAAGCAGAUUCUCUUCCUGGAAUGGAUGGAAAGAAACGGUCCAAACGCACGCUUCCUGUUUAAUGGUGAUGACGACGUCUUUGCCAACACAGACAACAUGGUCCAGUAUCUCCAAGGCCUUGAUGACAAUUAUGGGAGUAAACAUCUCUUUACUGGUCAUCUGAUCCAAAAUGUUGGACCCAUUAGAUCACAAGGACGCAAAUACUUUGUCCCAGUCCAAUUGCAGGAGUCAAACUCAUACCUUCCGUAUUGUGGUGGUGGAGGCUUUCUCCUGUCUGGCUACACAGCUAUGGUCAUAUACAACAUGUCCAAGUCCAUCACUAUUCUUCCCAUUGAUGAUGUUUACAUGGGCCUGUGUCUGGCUAAAGCAGGACUUGGUCCUAGUUCCCAUAUGGGUGUGAAGACUGCAGGACUGUACAUUUCCUCCAGCAAAACAGAUACGUAUGAUCCUUGUCAUUAUAAAGAGAUCAUAUUGGUUCACAGAUUCUUCCCAGUUCACAUUUAUCUUAUGUGGCACAGAAUACAUGACCCCAAGCUGAAAUGUGGUAUUUAG